AUGGAUCAUCUUGUGGGUUUGGAACGGCCUGAAUUUGGUAAAUAUGUUGCAAAAAUCAAUGCACCUAUUUAUAUGUCAGAAAUCUCGAAAAAUUUGUUGAGUACUAUGGCACCAUAUAGACAUUUAAUACCAUAUUUCAAAACCGUUCCUAUCGAUCAACCAUUUGCAUUAACAAUUCAAUCCAAUGAUCCUGUGCAAGCAAAAAUAAAAGAAGGAGCCAAUCAAGAUAGUAUAAAGAAUACAUUAUCAUCGCAUACGCCAGAUGUCGGUGAAAAAAUACUUGUUACAUGUUUUGGAUCAGGACAUUGUCCUGGCUCAAUGAUGGUUUGGAUAGAAGGCGGUCAUGGCAAUGUUUUAUUUACAGGUGAUUUUCGUCUUUAUCGUGGGCAAACAAAACGAAUUAAACAUUUACAUCGAAGACGAACAAAUGAUGAUGAUACCGAUGAAACUUAUGUAUUUAAACCAAUUGAAAAUCUUUAUAUUGAUAUGACAUUUUUUCGUCCAGAUAUUUUACAUAUACCAACACGUGAAGUUAGUUGUGAAGCGCUUAUUUUAUGGAUCAAGAGUUUAGUAGCUGACAAAUCAAAUACAGCUAAUAUUUAUUUUAAGACCAGCGCUCGCGUUGGCUAUGAACAAAUCUAUCGAGCUCUGUACGAUGGUCUAGGAAUGCGUAUCCAUGUUGAACAAGGCCAAUAUGAUUUUUAUUCAUGUAUACCUUUAAUACAAGAAUGUUUAACAACUGAUCCGAAUACAACACGUUUACAUGCAUGUCGAACAUCAGCAUCGAAUUUUGCUCAGCCAUGCGCUUUUUUUCGUAAUUGUGAUAAACCUAUCCGUGUACUAUUGUCAAUUAUGUGGUUCACCGACCAAAUAGCAGCUGGUGAAUUAUUAGUUGAAUAUCAUAAGUAUCAUUCAAAUUUUGAACAAAGUGUAUCAACAUCCAAUAAACGUUAUUUCAUUGGUUUUCAAGAUUAUGGCGGUGAAGGUGUUGACGUUUCCUAUUCAGAUAAAUAUCUAAGUUAUCGUUUGUGUUAUUCACUACAUUCAUCAUUUUCUGAAAUUGCUGACGUAUUAAAAACCCUGAAACCAAAACGUGUGACGCCAAUAGCAGCGCCAUUUACAUCUCAGUUGACACCGAAACGUCUUUUUCAAAUAAUUGAUCAUUACAUACAAGACCCAAACAAACCUAAAGCAACAAUAACAGAAGGAAAAUUAAUUGAAAGAAUACAACGAAAACCAAUAAAUCAACAAUUACAAGUAAAACAUCGUUACGAGUCAUUUCAAACAAAAGCCGAAAGAAAACGAAAAAAAAAACUUAUUCAAGAACAACAACAAAGAAAAGAUAACGAUGAUGAAUUAGAUUUAGAUAUUAAUGAUGAAGCUGAAAAACAACUCUUACAGCGUGUUAAUUCAUUGAAAGAAUCAAUUAACAAAAAAAUCAAAACAAUCGAGUCAAAACCAAUUAUUCGAUCAAUAUCAUUCGAUUUAUUAACAUCUGAAGAUAAUUCACAAAAAGCAACGUCUUCUAAAAGUUCUCAAUCUAGUCAACCAUUCCCUGUUGUAUUAAAAUCUGAAGAUACAUCACAUGCAGAUGAUUCCAAUACUUCGUUGAACAAAGAUAGUAUUUUAUCAGAUAUAAUCCCAUUAACAAGUGAUCAAUCUGUUGAUUUACCAUGUUCAGAUGGUAACCGUCAACGUACAUCAUCAGAUUCAUCGUCAGAUACUGUAGAUUAUGAUUUUGAUACUGAAACGUGUACAGCCAUUACAUCAACAUCGAUUGAUACUAUUAUUUAA